UUUACUCUAUGACGCGAUGCCUUGCCGAAGAGUUGUCCGGCUAGUCCGGAAUUAAUCUGUGUCUUCAGCGUUUCUGUUACUAGGAAUGGGGACGUUCGGUAAUCGCGCCCCGUCAAGAUCAGCUGCUCGCCUCGAGCCCAGAUUAGGACUCCUCGUUCUAGUCCAUUAGUCGCAGCAGCCGCUGUCGCUGCUUCCGCUUUGGCUGAAUGCCGCAGCUGCCGUGCGGCUUUGGGGCUGGGCUACGUCAUGAAACGACGGGGAGCGAUUGAGUAGGAGUUCCUCAUCAUCGGUAUCAAGGCGAGCGGCCGUCGCGGCCGUGUCCCGGCGGUUCCCAGCCACCGAAGGAAGGCCAGAUCAUGGCAUCUGUCGGCGUUCUCCCCACAUACUUCAAGUACAUUAGCGUGGCGCCCGGCGGAUCAGCUCGUAGGACUCUGCGGGUGCGGGAGAAAUACAUUGUCGUGUUGGUGCUGGCCACCUUCCUGAUGGUGUGCAUCGGGGCCGUGUUUUACCUGCCUGAACUCCGCGCGUCCAACGCCUAUCGUCACAUCAAAAAUGCUGGGCCGGACCUGCUGCUACCCCCGCCGCAAGCGAUCGAAGACAACGUUCCCCGUCACAAUGGUAUCGCCGCCGACGAGGAAGACCCGCACAGGGCCGAGGACCGAAACAAGCUCCAGGAGAAGAUCAUUCAGGACCUGGGUCAAGGCCUCCCUAUGCAGGUCGCCAGGCCCGAAGCAGCCCGGCCUGCGUCUCCGUCUAAACUACCGUCGACUGUAGCCCGGCCCCCACAGAGCCCGGGUCUCGCCGCCGUCGACGCUAAAGCGCCCCAGGUUUCGCAUGUUCCUGACGCACAGAGAGAGGCGGAGAACCGCGAAAGAAGAGAAAAAGUUCGAGAGAUGAUGAAGCACGCGUGGGACAACUAUGAGCGCUACGCCUGGGGCGAGAAUGAGCUGCGGCCCGUGUCCAAAAAGGGCCACUCAGCGGGCAUCUUUGGCAAGACUGCCAUGGGAGCCACCAUCGUGGACGGCAUGGACACCCUCUAUCUUAUGGGCAUGGCCGAAGAAUUCCAGCGGGCUCGAAAUUGGGUGGCAGAGAACCUCAGUCUCAAUGAUGUCAGUUCGGACAUCUCUGUCUUCGAGACCAACAUUCGCUUUGUAGGUGGCCUGCUGUCAUGCUACGCCUUGACUGGGGACAACAUGUUCAAGGACAAGGCCGAGGAAAUUGCCCGUCUGUUGCUUCCAGCCUUUAACACACCAAAGGGUAUACCUCAUGCGCUCAUCAACAUCAAGACGGGUGUGAGCAAGAACUACGCUUGGGCCUCGAGUGGUGGCUCGAUCCUGGCUGAGCUGGGCACCAUGCACCUAGAGUUUUCCUACCUUAGUGACAUCACAGGCAACCCGAUCUUCCGCGAGAAAGUGGACAAAGUGCGACAGGUUUUGGCCGACCUGGACAAGCCCAAGGGCCUCUACCCCAACUACAUCAACCCCAAGACAGGACGCUGGGGACAGCACCACAUGUCUAUGGGAGCCCUGGGAGACAGCUUCUACGAGUACCUCCUCAAGGCAUGGAUCCAGUCUGAUGGUGAAGACGUGCAGGCAAAACGACUACUCUUGGACGCCGUCAAGGCCAUCGAGUCAAAGAUGUUGCUGCAGUCUAGGAGUGGGUUCCUCUACCUGGCUGAGAUCAAGUAUGACCGAGUGGAGCCAAAGAUGGACCAUCUGGCCUGCUUUGCAGGUGGCUUCUACGCCCUCAUUUCCCAAACACUUGGGGAGGACCCGUCAGUUACCAAGGACCACUUCAUGGAUGUAGCAAAGAACAUCACCAACACUUGUCAUGAGUCCUACGACAGGACGCCGACCAAGUUGGGCCCAGAGUCCUUCCGUUUCACAGAACAGUUGGAGGCCAAGGCCACUAAGCAGAAUGAGAAGUACUACAUUCUGCGCCCCGAAGUGAUUGAGUCGUACUUCUACCUAUGGAGAAUCACCAAGGAUCAGAAGUAUCGUGAUUGGGGCUGGGAAGCUGUUCAGGCUCUGGAGAAGCACUGCCGUGUGGAUGGUGGCUACACUGGCCUGAAGAAUGUUUACCAGACAGACGGUCCCAAGGAUGACGUCCAGCAAAGCUUCUUUCUUGCGGAGACGCUCAAGUACCUCUACCUGCUCUUCUCGGACGACUCAGUGCUCCCGCUAGACCAGUGGGUUUUGAACACAGAGGCGCAUCCGCUGCCCAUCAAGAACCGGAACCCAUCUUACAGGCCGAGCAUCAGGUGAUUGGACGCAUCAACUACCCAUCACUCCGCAGUCGUUCAUAUGCCCUCCGGUGUCCAACCUCCAAUCGAAGUGCGUGGGUCCACCGUGGUCUGGGCCAUGCCGCUGCCGACUGGACCGCACGAGCAUCUAGUGACUGAACCAUAGACUGGGACAACAGUGGAGCCGACGCAAAUCACCUUCUGCGUGAUCUUGACACGAACUAACCGCAGAUGGGUGAGUGAAGGUGAACAGGCUGAGCAGAAGAAACUGUAAUGAGUGGACAGUUUCUCACAUGGUGCAGCCAGUCAACGCAACAGUGAGCGUGUGUCUGCUUUUGCACCUGGCGGCAAUGUGGUUGGCACAUCACCGUCACCUUCUACUUGGGAGAGUUGCAAUGAACACUAGUUGUUGCUUUGGGGGACCUUUCUCUGUUAUCUUUUUUUUCUUUGGCCUUUUUUACAGCGAUGUGUCUGACACAUGAACUCAUGUGCUUUUUUCAGCAUGUCGCUGACUCACUGCCGUGAUGCUGUGACAUUCCCAGUGAUAUUUCGCGAGGUUCCCCCUAUUUCCUUCACUUUUUUUUUCCCCACUUCUGAUCGUGACUUUCAGAGCUGUUUAGUUAAUAUAAUACAAGACCAUAGAUUUUGUGCACAGGGUGAAAAGGUGUGAGUGUUGUUUUAUCUUUCUUAUUUUUUUUCUUUGGUAGAAGGCAAGCGUGAUGAAUGUUCUUUUUUUUUGUUUUUUUCCCCAUAACUAUGUGUUUCACUGCGGUUCCAAGCUCGGCAAUAAGCAAGUAUUGUAAAGAUUUGGGAAACAGCAGGUAUUGCAGUUACGCUGUUUUAGAUGUCAGCAGUCGGUCCGAUGGCUCUUAGUGCAAGAUAGCACAGAUUAUGAGUGCUGUAUAUAUACUUACAACCUGCUGGCCCAGGCUACUGCUGCAUCAACUUAAAGCAAAUGAAAAUAAACAUCACAUGCACUCAGGAAUGCAGUGUUUGCCACUAAUCUCACAUGUUCAAGCUGCAGUUUCCUUUUAUUUUUGUCCUGUAUGAUCGUGCUUCUUGCAUUACCCGAUGUCAUGUUCAUGCUGCAGCUUGUCAUAAACAGAAAAUCAAAUGUUUACAUUUCUUGCCCGCUGAUUGCAGUAUUUUCGUCUUGCUCACACAUUUGUUGUUCAAGCAUCUCAAACCACGAUAGUUCACUGAAUUUGUGUAGGCGAGGGUUUUUAUGUUCGUACAUAGUAAUUUGAACUUUGGAUGAGAGCUAUGCACAUUAGGUCAUUUCUUAUUUAAACUCUUUUUCCCGAGUCCCAUCAGAGGCAUAGAAACAAUAUUACUGACUUAGACAUUAGGUAGGCUUUCUACACAUAAUCAACGAAGCAUAUGUGCCAUCGGGGGUUGCACUACAACAAAGUGCAACUCGCAAGACCCUGGGCAAAGGGGGCAUCCGAAGCCUGGUGCACAGUGGCUUGACCACUUCAGUGAUGGAACCACUCAAGCACUUUAGAAAUAUUAUAUAGAAAGUAUUAGUGAUCUUUCUACACCACUUCUGCACAUUGAAAAACACUUGUAUACGCCUGUUCAGAGUCAUGUGUGAUGAUGCAUUGUCGAUGUUGUUGUACUCUGACAAAGAAACGUGAUGAACUUAGAAGCAGUUCACUUUUGUACUCGACGCGGUAGUACUCUGUUGUCAAGCAUUACUCCCCUGAGAACUACAGGGCUACAGAUUUGUUUGUUAUGGAGCUGAACUGUGUUCAAGCCUUUUUCUACAAAAAUAUUUGCUCUACGCUGUCUUUAAGUGUGCACUAAUGACUUCAGCACUGAAUUCAUGAUGUUGCAGUGAUCUGUUGUGUACUCAAUGAAUGCUGCGAGCAGUUGUGACGCAAAGGCUCUGAAUGAAGUAGCAUUCCACUAGCUUCGGUUCAUGAAACUGGUGGUUCUUGGCCACUUACAUCGCAUUCAGAUGCUCACAAUAUCUCUUUGCAAAGUGUGUACUUUAAUAUCUUUUUAGAGUUUUACUGGGCACCAUGAUUUCUACGUAGAUGAUGUGAAAACGCCCCUGGCAAUUUGCUCACUUAGUGCAUUGAUGACACGUCACCUGUAGACAAAGAAUGCACUUGUAGUUUGUGAAGAAUGGCAAUAGCUUUCCGUUGUUGCAGAACAAUACUGUAAGGACUUGUGAUUGUUCUUCUAGGCAUAAGUUGCUCGAAUGUAACUUGUAACCAGGCUGUAGUAUUAAAAGCUUUAUUCAGACUUCAGUAAAAAAGAAAUAGGGAAGUUUCUUCAAUAUGUCGCACCACACAGAGGAAAGAAAAGACGAAGAGAGGCAUCUAGUAUAGUGUAGCAAAGGGACAGUUUAUAACUAUGUGUAGAUAGAUCUGAAGGGCAUAGUAUGUUUUAUCACUAUUGUGAUGCAACAAAUGUUUUUCAACAUGCUAGAGUUUGUUUGAUGAGCUUGGUUAUCAUUUUAUUAAAAUUUUUCUUU